AUGUUGGAAAAAUACAAUGCUCUUCUUGCUCAAGGUACUUGGUCUUUGGUUGCUUUGCCUUCUUCUAAAUCUGCCAUCGGCUGCAAAUGGGUAUUCCGCAUUAAGCACAAUUCUGAUGGUUCUAUUUCUCGUUAUAAAGCUCGUUUGGUUGCAAACAGUAAUGCUUUUCUACAUGGUACAUUGAAAGAAGAAGUCUACAUGACACAGCCUCCAGGCUUCACUAGUCCAUCUCAUCCCAAUCAUGUUUGUCUCUUAAAGAAGGCUCUCUAUGGUUUAAAGCAGGCUCCUCGUGCCUGGUAUUCUACCAUCUCCAGUUUUUUACUGUCUCAAGGUUUUCUUAAUAGCCAGUGCGACAAUUCCUUAUUCAUUCAAAGGACUUCUUCCACUAUUACUUUUCUUCUUGUAUUUGUUGAUGACAUCUUGGAUACUGGUAAUAGUUGUUCUCAUAUUCAAUCUAUUCUUGCUCAAAUGCAUACUGCCUUUGCCAUGAAAGAGCUAGGGGAUAUUUCCUAUUUCUUGGGUAUAUCUAUACAAGCUUGUGGUGAUUCCUAUUUUUUAUCUCAACACAAAUAUGCUUCUAAUAUCCUCAUUAAAGUUGGUAUGACCACUUGCAAGCCUUGCAAUUUCGCUGUGUUAGUUAACCUUUCUUUGGCUCCAGACUCUGCUCUUCUCUUCGAUCAACCUGAGCUUCAUCGCAGUAUUGUUGGUGCACUUCAGUACCUCACUAUCACCAGGCCUGACUUGUCUUUCUCUGUUAACCAAUCUUGUCAACACAUGCAUGCUCCCACUAUUGCCCAUUUUGCUGCUAUCAAGAGACUGUUACGGUUUGUUAAAGGGACUUUAGCUCAUGGGCUCACUUUCAGUCCUAGUUCUUUUGAACUUCAGGCCUUUUCUGACUCGAACUGGGCUGGUGAUGUUCUAGAUCGUCGCAGCUCUUCAGGCUAUUGUGUGUAUCUUGGGUCUAAUCUUAUUUCUCAGUCUACUAAAAAGCACCAAUUGUCUCAAGAUCCUCAAUCGAAGUUGAAUAUAAAAUGA